UCCAUCAUCUUCUAAGACUCUUUCUCCUUUCCACCUCUGUGCACUUUACUUUGCCUGUCCAUGUGCUGGUGAAGACGUUAUGGCUACAAUUUAGCUACAAGUCACAGAAUGGUGCAGCACAAAACUGAGGAGAACAGCUCUAUGUCCCCAAAUGCUGAACGGGGGGGGCCCAGCUGGUGUAAGACCCCCAGUGGCCAUAUAAAGCGUCCAAUGAAUGCAUUCAUGGUGUGGUCCCAGAUCGAGAGGCGCAAACUGAUGUCACAGUGCCCAACUAUGCACAACGCUGACAUAUCCCGGAGUUUGGGCCAGCGCUGGAAGAUGUUGCAGGACACAGAUAAAAUCCCCUAUGUGCGUGAAGCUGAGCGCCUAAGGCUUAAACACAUGGCUGAUUACCCUAACUACAAAUACCGCCCUCGCCGACGCACACGGGAGCCCACUGGCAAAGCACGUACCAGAUUACCCCGCUCCAACUCCAGAUGCCAGCCUGCUCCCUCACCCUGCCAGUCGGAAGUGGAUAUGGGUUCCAGCAUGCACUGGAGGGAGGCAAGCCCUGGGUGGGGGGGGCAUUCAGGCGACCAAUCAGAGGAUACGCAGAUUCGGGAGUCACUUGCACGCAGCCCGGAGGUGCCCCCCUCCUCCCCUCCCCAGCCCCCCCAUGUCCGUUCUUUGCCAUCCUCCCCAGAGCCAUUCGAAGAAGAUGAUGGACUCGAAGAGAACUGUCCUAGACUCUUUUCAGGGUCUGUGAAUGUCCUUUCCGAUAAGGAUCUGCUCCCCCGCAGCGGCUCCCAUUUUGAGUUUCCUGACCACUGCACCCCUGAAGUGAUGGAAAUGAUCUCCGAUAGCGGUCUUCUUGGGAGUGUGUCUGACCUAGUCUUCUACUGA